AUGGAGGGCAACAAAAUGCUAUCGUAUACGACAGAGGAAACUAUCCUUAAUUACACCUACAGACUACAGAUGGCAGCACCGAUCGUGGAAGUUAGCUCGAAGGGGAAAUUAGAAGCGGUUUAUGAGGGUCCAGGUGCUGUCACCUGCCCCGCACCCAGGCAAGAUCAAAAGGGAACUGGAGUGAAUAUGGAGGUAGAGUGGUUGUACCACAUGAGGCGAGACAUGCAAGAAAUUCUUCCUGGCCUCUUCCUAGGGCCAUACAAUGCUGCUACAAAAUCUCGGUUCAAGACCCUGCUAGAUCAUGGAAUCACUCACAUUAUCUGUAUCAGGCAGAGCAUAGAAUCGCACAUGAUUCGGGCAAACUUUCCUGAUAAAAUAAAGUACCUGGUAUUAGAUAUGGCAGACAUAUGGACACAGAACCUCAUUUCCCACCUCUCAGAAUGCCGAACCUUUAUUGAUGAAUGUCUGGCUUCGGGUGGAAAGUGUCUUGUCCAUGGAAACUUAGGGAUCUCGCGAAGUGCAUCAGUUGUAGUUGCAUAUGUCAUGGAGAAGAAGGCCCUUAGUUAUAAGGAAGCUCUAGAAUUUGUGCAAAAUAGAAGAUAUUGCAUAAAUCCUAAUGAUGGGUUUAAGCAGCAGCUAAUAGAAUAUGAAGCCAUUUAUAAAGCUCAGCAGACCUUGCUCAAUGGCCAAUGUUCGCAGGAGAAAGGAAAGCUCAAGAGAAAGCAUGACCAAACAUUUGAUGACUUUGACCAGGACUCCUCAGAACCAAUGGAAUCUCUGAGCUGAUAACAGGGUAGUCUACUUUUUUCUCUCUUGUUUGUUUUGUUCAUUUUCAUUUUUUCUUUUCUGAAAAGCUGAUCUUGUGAUAAAAUGGAAAUGUACUGGUGUGUUAUUUUAUUUUAUUAUUUUUUUUUUAUGGAUCUGUGAUUUUGGUUCUUAUAAUUUUAUGGAUUUCUGAUGCUGAGCUUCCUAAAUUAUUUGAUAUAUGAUAGAAAAAAAUCUGAAUUUAAUUUCUUGUUAGAAAGAUGACAGUGGGUUUAUCUUUCCACAUUUUCUUGUUCAUGACUACAUUGAAGUUUCAUUGUAAUCUGAAAGAUUGUUGUAAUGGUAGUUGUUAUGUCUCUCUCUCUCUCUCUCUUUCUUCUCUUUUUUUCUCUCUCUCUUUUUUUUUCUCUCUCUCUCUUUCUUCUCUUUUUUUCUC